AUGUUUUCCCCUGCAGCAGCCAUGCCUCCACCUCCCCUGCUAACAGGAGGAGUUCUGCCUGGUGCUUCCUCUGGGGGUCCCUACACAGAGCAAGACCUGUUACGUCAGGAACUGAACUCCAGGUUCCUGGCCUCCCAGAGUAUGGAGCGUGGAGGACCAAUGCCUCCACCAGCUUACAUGCGCACUGAGUUCCAUCAGCACCAGCAUCAGCACACGCACCAGCACACGCACCAGCACACCUUUACACCCUUCCCACACUCCAUUCCUUCGUCUGCCAUCGUGCCCAGCCCAGCAGCCCCGCCGGUGCGUAAACCGCCCAGACAAUUUGACAAAUACCCUAGCAAAGUAGACUCAUUCCAGCGUCACAGUUUGCUCCACCCCUACCCUCCCAUGAUGCAAGGGAUUUCUCCCAUGAUUCCUCCUGCUGGGACCUUUAGCUCUCUGCAGGGAGCGUUUCAGCCUAAGCAUGUGCAGACGGAGCCUCAUAAGUUAGAUUUUGGGCUGAAGCCAGAGUUCCUGAGUCGUUCUCCCGGUUCAGGCAUGAUGGGCGUUAUACACCAGCCACGGGACUUACCUCGCCCUGCUACCAUCUUCUCCAGUGCUGGUUCCACACAACCUCCUGUCUCUCCAUUUGGACCUCUUCUCCACCCUCACAACAACCUCCACACUCCUACCUCUCAUCCAGCUCCAAACUCUCAGCAUGGACAUAAAGAAAGUAAAAGUGUGGCUAACAUUGGUGGGCAACAGGAUCCCUGGAAUCGUCUGCAUCAGACCCCUUCCUCUUUCCCAACACCCCCUGUUUGGUCAAGAGCUAAUGAUACAGAAAGGGUUUCUUCAGCUGCAGACAAAGGGACAGAGAAGAAGGACUCCUCCACUAACAGAGAUGGACAGGAGAGGGAAUCAAAAGAGAGGAAACUUAUGUCUCCUGCUAACUCCAACGGUACGCCACCUAAUAAACAGUCAACAGAGUCCUCUCGAGGUGCCUCUCCAGGCCAGAAUAAGGACAGAGACAAAAGCAGGGAGAGUAAACAAGGUCAGGACCAGCCAAAGCCAGAUGGAGAAAUAGAGGAUCAAAAACACAAGGAGACCCAGCAUGACAAGAGAGACAAAGCUGUGGCGUCUGACAAGCAAGCCACUGACGAUAAGACCGCCUGCGAGCAAUCUUUGUCCCCAAGCCUGAAGUCCGCAAACCUGAAGCACCACGUCACGGAAAGCCAGAACUGGGAACCUGCCGAGAAGAGAAGUAAAUUGGAGUAUGAGUCCCGUCCAAAAAGCGGCGAGGUGAAAGUAAAGGAGGAGAAGAGAGACGACCAGGAGAACACGGCCGGGGUCACCCCGUCUCUGAAGUCCUCAGAGCGACCACCACAGCCGCCUAAAACACCCAUCAUCCACUCCCAUUCCCCUUCAACCAUUCCUCUUCCUAUGGGAAUGCCGGGAACGCCGCUCAUGAGCAGCCUGGAUAGGACUCGUCUUGUGUCUCCUUACAUGGGGAUGAGUCCAUUCCCUGAAAGACUUCCCUAUCCGCCCCUCCACUGGGACUCCAUGAGAAAUAUGUACAAAGGUCUCGACCUCCCUCGCAGGGAUCCCCUGCCAAGAGAACUGUUACUUAGGGCCGAUCCGCUGCACCGCGCGAUGGGUCCGUCUCCACGGCUGUUGGAGUCCGAGCGCUCCUACAGAGACAGGGAGCUCCUGGUCUACGGGAGGGAUCCCCUGCUCCCUCCUCCGGGUUUAGAGCAAGAGAGGAGCAUGUUGGAGGAGCGCCAGAGGUUGCAUCUGCUGAGAGAGGAGAGCGAGCGAGGUCGCCUGCUGGCCCUACACCAAGCUGCCCUUCAGUCCCACCUACCCCACCCAGGUCUACUGACCAUGGCCUAUUCCAACCCUCUCACCUCCCGACUGGACCUCCCACAACCCCAUCACCACAGCAUCCCCCUCAGCAAGACUCUGCCUGCAGCUUGCCUUAGUGCACCACCACCUUUGUUCCCUGCCCUGCCCACGUUACCCAGCUCGCCGAGAAGGACUACCCCUCUGACCGGCAGCCAGGACAGAACAGCCCCUCAUCAUCCUCACAGGGACAUUGAAGCACGAUGA